CGAACCCGCCAUCGACCGCUACCGGCCCGGGGUCGGUCUCCGCUGUCAGAACUCAGACAUUGAAGAGGAGUGUGCAGGCCGCUUUUGAAGGUAUGGAGUUGCUGCUCGUUGUUUUGUUUCCUUCCCAGUCCCGGCUCUUCUCUCCACUCCACUCCAGGCUCAUUCUCCGUCUUCCGUUUCGCAACGCAACGGGGCUGUGGCUACCCGGAGAGCCCGAGCUUCCUCAAGUUGCUCCUCGGCCUUCGAUCCGUUUGGGUGAAUUUAGUCGCUUCGAAAUCCUCUUGGACCCUUUCCAGACACCAAAGCACUGCAACAUGCGGUGCUCAUGAGACCAGUAUCGGGGUUCAGUCGUUAUGGAGAACCAGUACUGGCACCAUGCUCCACUGUCGUUCUCAAAGCAGAACCCAACUGGACCGCGAGCUGCCAAGACAUAUGGCGUUCAUCUAACCUUGCCACAUGCAGCCCUCUCGUCCAGCUCGUCGGGCCUGGUGCAUCAGUAUGCGCCGCCGGCCGGUGCAUUUCCUGUCUUCCAUCACCUCGGCGGGAUCGGAGCAGGCCCCAACGUCGCCAUGAACCAGGCCAAACGCCUGAGGGCUGAAGUCAGCUACCAGCCGAGGCCAUACCCGGCGGACCGCGGCACGGGAUCCAUGGGCUACCAGAGCAAGGUCCGGGUGACAGACAAAUACAAGGUCGUCGGCUUCAUCAGUAGCGGCACCUAUGGCCGCGUGUACAAAGCUCUGGGCCGCCACGGCCAGCCCGGCGAGUUCGCCAUCAAGAAGUUCAAGCCCGACAAGGAGGGCGAGCAGGCCUCGUACACGGGCAUCUCUCAGUCGGCAGUUCGAGAGAUGGCCCUGUGCUCCGAGCUCAACCACGCCAACGUGAUUCGGCUGAUCGAGAUUAUCCUCGAGGACAAGUGCAUCUUUAUGGUGUUCGAGUACGCCGAGCACGAUCUGCUCCAGAUUAUCCACCAUCAUACGCAGCAACCCCGUCACCCCAUUCCGCCAAGCACCAUCAAGAGCAUCAUGUUCCAGCUGCUUAACGGGUGCCAGUACCUGCACACCAACUGGGUGUUGCACCGCGAUCUUAAACCAGCCAACAUCAUGGUCACGUCGAGCGGGGAAGUCAAGAUCGGCGACCUUGGACUCGCCCGUCUGUCCUACAAACCCCUGCACAGCCUCUACAGCGGCGAUAAGGUCGUUGUCACAAUCUGGUACCGUGCUCCGGAGCUUCUUCUUGGCAGCAGACACUACACGCCCGCCGUCGACAUGUGGGCCGUCGGCUGCAUCUUUGCCGAGCUCCUCUCUCUGCGGCCCAUCUUCAAAGGCGAAGAGGCGAAGAUGGACAGCAAAAAGACAGUACCCUUCCAACGCAACCAGAUGCAGAAGAUUGUCGACAUCAUGGGCAUGCCUACCAAGGAACGCUGGCCGCUGCUGACCAGCAUGUACGAGUACAGCCAGCUGACCACGCUCCAACCGCCCAUCAGCCACGGCGGGCAUCAUGGACACCAUCACCACCACCAACACGGCCAGCACUACCAGUCCCAGCGCCAUGCCUCAUCCUCCUCAGCCGGAGCGGGCGUAAGCCACCUUGAGAAAUGGUACUACAACACCAUCAACCAACAAACAAGCAGCUCCCCAGCGGGGACUCCCACCGCCGCUCACAGCCCCUUGUCCAGCCUCGGCGCAGAGGGUUACAAGCUCCUCGCGGGCCUGCUGGAGUACGACCCAGAGAAGCGCCUGACGGCGGCCGCGGCGCUGCAGCACCCCUUCUUCAGCACGGGCGACCCUGUCAGCGCGAACUGCUUCGAGGGCUUGAAGACGGAGUACCCGUGCCGCCGGGUCAGCCAGGACGACAAUGAUAUCCGCACGAGCUCGUUGCCGGGGACUAAGAGGAGUGGGUUGCCGGACGAUUCGUUGGUGAGGCCGGGGAAGAGGGUCAAGGAGGGGUAGUGCAAUUGGGGAAUUUUGUUCUCAGACAAGGGACGGAUAUGUCGAGGUCCCGUGUGCGUUGAAGUCGGGGCGGGCGAUGCUGGCGGUUCUUUCGGUUGGGCGUUGAGAUGGUGUUGUGUGGAGAGCAUAUUUCAAGCAUGGUCAUAGCACUGGCGUUAAGAAUGGGACGGGGCAUUGUUCUUCACCAGUGAGUGAUGUGACGGGCAUGGAUUUUGCAACCAUAGCUCGGUAUCAGCAUGCGGUGAUGCAUCAAGCACAUGUUCAGAACAAAUACUCAAAGUUCCUGGAAAUUUGACUCUUGCUCAUUUCUG